UUAGGCCAAGUCGCGGCCAAGUCAAAUCCAAAUCAGCGGCUACGGCGUAAACAAUUGCGCUUGAAGUUGGUACAGACUAUGCAAUUUGGCCACUUUCUUUUUUCGUAGUCACUCUGCGUAGCCAGUGCCCUUUUAACUUGGUUUGCGGGUCACAGCAACCCCGGCUGCGAGUGACGUCGAAGGAAGAAUGGGCAUCAACUUCGACGGCCCGGCUGACGAGGGGCCCGGCUUUGUGGGCAUCAAGUUCUGUCAGGAGUGCAACAACAUGCUCUACCCGAAAGAGGACAAGGAGAACCGCGUGCUGCUUUACGCGUGCCGCAACUGCGACUACCAGCAGGAGGCUGACAACAACUGCAUCUAUGUGAACAAGAUCACCCACGAAGUUGAUGAGCUGACGCAGAUAGUGUCGGAUGUGGUGCAUGACCCUACUCUGCCACGCACCGAGGACCACACAUGCCCAAAGUGUGGCCACCGUGAGGCCGUCUUUUUCCAGGCACAGUCCAGGAGAGCUGAGGAUGAAAUGCGGCUGUAUUAUGUGUGCACAAACACAAACUGCACCCACCGGUGGACUGAGUGAAACAACCCAAUGAGCUUGGCCAUCUUUCAGAGACUAUGUAUCAUGCUAAUACGUCAAUACGAGAGUCAUGAAAUAAAAUUUUUUGCC